AAAAAAUUUUCCUUUGAAAAGAUUUUCCUCAGAGAAAUUCAGGAUGGACCUGUUUUAUAAUUAAGUCGCAUGUAGGCUGUGACAUAUUACAGACUGAAUACACCUUUUACAAUCAGAAGACAGCUGGAGGUACACAAGUCAAUUACCUGUGAUCCCUGAAGUUACCUUUGAACCACAGUCUGACUUUGAGUCUCAUAGGGUAUAUGAUUGUCCGCUUAAGUUUCUUCUGAAACCAGAAAAAGUUUGCUCUUCAAGGAACAGUGUUUUUUUCUUUACUAAGAGACACCUGGCAGCUCUGUAACCAUGGGUGAAUGGGACUUCCUCGGUGGCCUGUUUGAAACUCUCCAGGCCCACUCACCAAUGCUUGGACGUUUCUGGCUCUUCUUAAUGUUAGUGUUUCGGAUAGUGAUACUGGGAACUAUUGCCAGCGACUUGUUUGAGGAUGAACAAAAUGAGUUUUCCUGCAACACUCUCCAGCCGGGCUGCAAGCAGGUGUGUUAUGAUAUGGCUUUCCCCAUCUCCCAGUACAGAUUCUGGGUGUUUCAUAUCGUCCUGAUAGCUACGCCAUCCAUGGUUUUCCUCAUGUAUGCCACUCAUCAUCACAACAAAAAGGCCUCACGCCCUAAGACGGCACGAAAUAAAAUUCAGGACAUAAUCGAAGAUCGCCGCUUGAGGAGGCUGUACAUCGUAAACGUGAUCUUUCGACUCGCUGCUGAGGUGGGCUUCUUGGUGGGCCAGUGGUGGCAGUACGGCUUCAAGGUGGAAGCACAGUUCCCCUGUAGCCGGUUUCCCUGCCCCUACACAGUUGACUGCUUCACCUCCCGCCCUGCAGAGAAGACAAUCUUCCUUCUCUUCUACUUUGCUGUGGGGGUCCUAUCAGCACUUUGCAGCUUGGCAGAGCUUUUCUACGGCUACACCAAGUGGUUCUGCUUCAGCCAGGAACAGCUUGAUCAGGAACUCUGCGCCAGUCAGAACCUGCAGAACCUGGAACAAGAUGAGUCAGACGAGAAGCUAGAGGAAAAGAUGUCAGACAGUGGAGGCAGCAGCACAGGAUUAAAGAGAGGAUCAGUGAAAAAAAGCAGCAAAAAGGCCUCCGGCAAGAAAAGCAAGAGAGGAAAAUAUGUGAGCGCCAGGACACUCAUGGUGUGAGUGGCAAUUGUCACAUUCCAAUCAUUUCAAGUUAAUAUAGACUGAAAGCCUGGAAUUGGAAGAAAUAUGUUUCUUUUGUGUCAUACUGAAUUAAGUGCUUAGUUUAGAUUUAAGUUUGAGCUAAUAGAAAAGUAGUAAAGAUUCUUUACCUUAAAUUCUAUUUGAAAAUGUGCUACUCAUUGGCAAGAUGUUGGGUUUGUUUAUUGUACAUAUAUGAGAUGAUUUUCUUUUAAAUAUAACUUUAAUUUGACAAAAAAAAAAAGAAAGUAACUAAAGUAAGUGAUCUGCAGACCCAGAGAGCCACUUGUGCAUCUGCUGAUUUUACAGAUAAAACUGAUCCUAUUUAAGUAAACUUAAUGUAAAAGUGCAUCACUUUAAUUUCAAAUCAUUGUGAAAAUAAAAGUACAAAAUGAAACAGGUGAACAAUCGGUUAGAGAUUUUCAUUCAUCAUUGGAAAUGUAUUUUGAUUUUGUCUUGAAGCACCAUGUCUAGAACCGUCUUUACAUCUCAAUUUUGUUUAAAUAGAAAAUGCAAAGUCCUGUUUACUUUGAAUUUUAUAACACAGUAUUAUAUUCUAACUUAUUGUGAGUUAUAUUCUGUUUUAAAAUCAAAUAUUUAGUGAACAUUAACUUGAACUGUUUUAAAGUUCCAGUGUCAUAAAGGAGUGGACAUUCAACACUAGCAGUAACUGAAUCACCUGAACACAUUAAACAGUAUUUUUUAAUGACCCAUUUAUAAGGAUUCCUGCAAUUUUCUUUUUUUAUUUAGAUGUAUAUUUUGAGGGCAUGGGAGCUUUUAUUUUUUUAGAUAAAGUAUAUAUAUGGAAAUAUGCAGUUUCUUUUUUAUAGGUAAGAUGAUGUUAAUGACUUUGGGUUAAUGUUAAAAAAAACUGAAAUGUUAGGACUGUAAAUUUACAGUCAUAUGUUUAUAUUCCUGUUUUUAUAUUUUUUUUAAACUAUUUUUCAAGGCUGCAC